AUGGCGGAUAAUCCUAUUCCAGGGCCGUCUAGACCAAAACGGCCAACGAUUAGGGAUCCAAAGAGACUAACAGAGGAUGAAAUGUUGAGUUUGAUGUUCUACUCUGACUCUGAGGAAGAACCUUACCAAGAAUCAGACAGUGACUGGAGCGGAGCUGAAGAUGCAGAGCGAGCCAUUGCUGAAAAUGAUGAUCAGCCUGGGCAAGUAGUUAGUGAUUUGGAAGAGGGUGAUCCGGAACAAAUGGAGGAAGAAGUGCCGUUAGAAACAAUUGUGAACUGGUUAGAAAAUCCUCCUAACCUCAAAAAAAUUCCAUUUACUGGGCGCCAAGAACUGAAGGUUGGAAUACCAGGUGAGGGCAAGCCCAUUGACUUUUUCAAGCUCCUGGCAGACGACGAGUUUUUUGAUUUGCUGAUUAGCCAAACAAAUGAUUAUGCUGAACUAGUAUUCCUAAAUGAUCGAAACCCUGGACCACAUUCACGAAUAAGUCGCUGGAAACCGGUGGAUAAGCAAGAAAUUUCAAGAUUUCUGGGGCUCAUAUUCCUUAUGGGGAUUAUUCAGGUACCAAGGCUUAGAGACUAUUGGAGAACAGAUCGUUUCUAUAAUUUAGCAUUCCGAAAUUAUAUGAGCAGAAAUAGAUUCUUAGUUGUUUUACGAUGUUUGCAUUUUGCCCACAAUCCACAAGAAGGAGAGCCACGGCCUGCUGAUAGAUUACAUAAAGUACGAACUUUAGUAGAUUUCUUCAACCAUAAGAUGUUUGCCAUUUAUAGUCCACAAAAGAACUUGUCAAUAGACGAAUCUAUGCUUUUGUGGCGCGGGCGACUUUUAUUUCGCCAAUAUAUCAAAAACAAAAAACACAAAUACGGAGUGAAAUUUUACUUACUUACUGAGAGCAAUGGGACCAUAAUGAAACUACAAAUAUACACUGGAGCAGCUGACGAUAUGGGUGGAAAAGGACAUGCUGCCAAUGUUGUUCUUCACCUUGCAAGUGAUUAUUUGGAUAAAGGUUAUAGUAUAUACAUGGACAAUUAUUAUAACUCAGUACGCCUUGCUAGACAGCUGCUCAAUAGGAUGACGUAUUGUACAGGAACUUUACGGGCUGGAAGGAAAGAGACCCCUGGUGACGUAUCAAAAGCCAAAUUGAAGGUUGGUGAAUCAGUCCAACGAUAUGGCGGACAUGUUUGCGUGGGGAAGUGGAAGGAUAAAAGGGACGUUCUGUACAUCACAACCGAACAUGAAAAUACUCUCCAAGAAGUGACUUCUACCUCUGGGAAUACUAAAAUGAAACCUACACCUAUAGCGGAAUAUAAUAAGUACAUGUCCGGUAUUGAUCUGCAAGAUCAAAUUAUGGCAUACUAUCCAUCACACCGGAAGACCAUUAGAUGGUAUAAAAAAGUAGGCCUUCACAUAAUAGAAAUGAUGUUGUACAAUUCCUUUAUGUUGUACAAUAAAUUCUCCUCACCCAAAUUGUCGUACUUGGAUUAUCGCCACUCCGUUAUUGAGUCAUUGUUGCCAGAUCCAACUACUAGUACUACAGCGAAACCUACAAGUGAUGACCUUCAUCUUCCUAGUAAAUGUGAGGUAGCUGAAAGCGGAAGAAAACUUCGCAAACGUUGUCGGUGGUGCUCGCAACAAGGUAUUAGGAAAGACUCACAAUACUACUGUGCUAAGUGUCCGGAGACACCAGGACUGUGUCUCGAAUUAUGUUUUGAAAGUUUUCACAAAAAUAUUGCGAAAUAA